AUGUCUAAUAGCGCUUAUGAUUUUUUGAAGGAUGUACAAACAGUGAAUAUUAUUAUCAAACAGAUCGGGCCGAAUAAAUCAAUUCCCACGUUCAAACGGAUUGUUGAGCGGUGUUCGAGGACGAAUGUUAUACAAGUUUCCGAUAACCCGCGUAGAGUUUUUCGAUGUUCAUUCGUCUCGGCGACAAAUUGCACAGAAUUCAGCGAACUUCAGCUCCAUCGUCGCGUUUAUGCUGUCGUUGGUGUGGCGUUCACCGCCGAUUUUGUCAAGUCGGUUCAACAGCCAACCAAUCUGAAGUCAUCGCGAGAAUCGGUUGACUCGGCUCAAACCGAGGAAGAAGAAAUCACAAGAUCCUAUGAGAAGCUCAAACAACAAUAUUCGAGCAUUUUUGAUUCACGUUGCAUUAUCAUUGGCGCAAAUCAGGACGAUUAUGGCGGGAUAAAACAUCAAGAGAGAAUUUGCUAUCCAAGUAUGGAUGAAGCGAUUGAAUUGGAGAAGGCGAUUCGCGAUUUGAUGAAUGCGAUAUACAUUGUGAUUGAAAUGAAAAGAGUCGAUGUUGCGUUUGAGAGAAACCAAUCAGUGCAUUGCCCCUCGCUUCCAAAUGAGUCUCGAUGGCAGGUUGGUGUUGAGAACAAGGCCAGUAAGACAUACAAGAAAAAGUGUCUUGGACGUUGUAGGAAGCAGCAUGCUGAUUUCUGCCUUCUCACUGGCCUUCCUCAACUAGCGGUGGAAGCUUAUGAUGCUGCUAUAGAGAAUCUGAAAGCGGCUCAAGACCAUUUAUGGCUAGCAGCUGCUUAUGAUGGGUGGGCGUCAAGUGUGUGCAUAAUGCACGCUGAGCAACUCGGCGAAAUGAAUUUUGGAGCAUUCCAAAGAGUUGCCAGCAUGCAUUCGAUGUUCAAUAUUCCAGCCGUUGAAUCGUGUCACGUUUUGCAGUCUCGUGGUGCCGAUAGUUUAUGUGUGUCGAAUGACAACACAGCAACGUCGCCCAACGGUCAUAAACGCCAUCACUCCGAUGAGCACGUGAGAACGGGCUCAUCGCUUUCAAAUGGGACUCACAAUGAAUCGUUUGGAAAUGAAAGCGGAAUAGUGAGCAAUGGCUCAAGUCCAUCAUUGAAAGAUGAGGUGCCAAAACCAAAGAAGGUGCUGAACCCAAUUGCUAGUCUAUUAGGAGAAAAAUCGCGCGAGAAGAAAACCAAAGAAGAAAUCAUAGGGACAUUCAAAAACGCGGUUGAAGAAUAUUCAAAGUUCACAUUUGCGGGUUGGCUUGAAUAUGAAACAGUGAUGCGGGCAAUAGUUUAUUUAAUAUUAGAAAGAGAUUAUAUCGCAUUAGAGCAAUUUCAUAGAGAUUAUACGGGUAAAUACCUCGAUGAUUUGAACACGUUUAUGGACCAUCAUAUGAAGGCUCAAAUUUGCCUGAACUCGGCAACAAUGUACAAAGAGAUCGGGUUCUUGCGCAAACAAGCGUUCUACGCAAGGCUCAGCGUUUUAUUUGAACUUCAUAUAACUGAUGGCCGACAAAGAACAGCGACCGAUUAUAAGAAUGUCUAUCCGGUGCUAUUCAAAACACUUGAUGGGUAUGGAAUCAGUUUAGGUUCUAUGCAUGACCUUCACGACAAAAAGCUUGGACCUGAAAAACUCCAAAUCAAAUGUCUCCAUGAAAUUUUCACGGCGGCAAAUCGUGCGGGGCAUCGAGAUGCCGCAAUCAGACAUCUUUGCUUUCUCUUACAGGUCUACUUUCCUUACCUCGAGCCAACAAUGGCUACACGACUAUUCGAUGAUCUUGACAACCUAGUGAAGCAAAGUCCUACUGUUCACCACCUCAAUCAUUCAUUAUCAAUUGAAGAUGGAAAAAUCCUCAUACCUCCUUUGCAACUUACGCGGUUCCCAAUUAUUCAAAAUCCGAAGGUGGUCUCUCUUCCAACGCAUUUCGCGCCAAAAAUUGUCAGUCAUUCGCAAUCGUCGAUUUUCAUUUAUACACCUAGAUUCUCUGAUAAGAGUGAUACUCUACUCUGGGUAGCUGAUUGCCCAUGUGAAGUUGAAGUUAUUGUGAGAAACUUGUGCGCAAAAGAAUUAGUGAUGCGCGAUUUGUGCUUGCUGGCGGAUGGUGUCCGAUUCGAGCCGGUUCAAGCUAGACUCAUUCUUCCACCAUCCGAUCCAAACAAUGAUCAUGAUGGUGCAGUUAUUAGAUUAUUAGGAUAUCCAAGAGAGGAAGGAGAUUUGUUCAUAACUGGCUAUUCUUGCAAUGUGUUUGGUCUCAUCAACAUUUGCAAGUUUCAAUCAUCAAAUCAAAAACCAAAUCGAAUUCGAGUGAGGGUUCUUCCAAAACUCGCUGAAGUUAGAAUGGAAAGCACACUUCCCAGAGCGCCGAUCGGAGAGAAUGAUGACGAGCCUUCAGCAGAAGCUCGAGUAUUCUCAGGUCAAAGAAUUGACCAUACCAUUACCAUUUACAACGACAGUGACAUUCCAGUGAAAUUUUGCGAGAUUCGAUUCGAGCAGCCAUUGGUGCAAGGAGGUCCUCCGCUAAUUAGUCUUGACAGUGUUGACCUCGAUUCGAAUUUGUUUAUAAAAAAUGACGAAUCCCAGGACAACAUCUGUUUUCCACUCGCGCCCCGCGAGUCGCGCAUUGUGAAGUUCCACAUUUUUGGAAUCGAUCCAACCGCGACGGCGCACGAUUUGAGCGAUAAUGAGAAGGUUCUCGAAAGUGUCGUUCCCUUGGCAUCAACGCAGGCGAUUCCGAAUCCGGACCUCGAGCCGACUGAUAUGGAUACUAUUCCGUAUACGGGACGAUUGUUAACGUGCGAAUUUGCGGUUCGCUAUCAUUCCGACAUUGAAAAUGUUGGGCAUGAAGUAUACGAAAGAAAAAGAACAUUGCCGAUUGCGGUGGCCAUCAUUCCAGCGGUUACUGUGUCCGCAUGGCAUGUUCUUCCAGGAGACACGCCCUUUUCAAGAUAUAUUGUCGUCGAUGUCACGAAUAGCACUGACCAUGAUGCCGAGUUAGUGUACAGCGGUAAUCGUAGGAUGAACGUUCUUCCAAAAGAGACCUGCAGAGUUCCGAUACUGUGCCCAUGUUGUUCGGAUAUUGCUUGUGGUGCUUUCUAUCAAGCACAACAAAAGGGCAGCUCGAUGAUGCAGAAAAUUGAAACCGAGCGAUUGCGGCAAAUUCUUGAGCGUCACGUCGCACGCCAUUUUGAUAUUAGAUGGUCAAUUCCAACUUUAAAGCUUGAGGGACAUGUUCCAAUAGGGUCAUUGCUAUCUUCGGUGUCAUUAUUGAAACAGCUCGUUCUUCCGGCUAUUAGUUUAGAUUUCAUAAUCAACGGCAAUCCGUAUAUGAGUGAGGAUGACAUCUCAGUUGGAAUUGGGCAAGCCGUGACCGUGAAGGUUUUGAUAAUAUCAUCGCAACCAGAUCCGUUUAAAGGAAUUUUGUCGUUAGACUGUGAGCAGGAAAUUUCGCACCAAUUAGGAUCAAGCAAUGCUUCCCACUACAUCAUUCUUGCGGGAGCGAAGAAGACACCAUUUCUUGUAGAGAAAAAUGAAGACAUUCAAAAAUAUAGCGUCGACUUCGAGCUCAUUUUUCUCGUGGAAGGCUCAUUUCGGGUUCGUCCACAAAUCACGCCGGCGCCUGGGCAAAACCCAUUAUUACCAGAGGAAAUGUUCGCCACACCGAUUGCAUUCAGUGUGACAACAAAAUUUUGA